ACCCGCCAGCAGACACCAGGCACCCAAUCAAAGUUACCCUCUUGCUUCUUCAAAGUUUCAUUCUUAAGGUUAAGCACACCAAACAGCUCCUUGUUGACGACUCCAGCAGGACCCUAAUCAAGCCACCACAAGGCAUUGUCACACAGAUGAUGGGGUCAGAAUAGCAGAUGUUAUCAUGCUCUGACCAGACCGAGAGGACACUACAAAAACAAGAAGGGCAGGGGGUGUCACAUUGAGGCUGUUAUUCGGGCUGACGUAGUAGAAGAGUGUGAGUGUGCCUUAGAGCCAUAAGGUUGAACAGGACUAUGCUAAACCUGGACUGCAGUGAGUAUAGCGCUGCCUUCGCCCAGUCCUUGGCCAUGGUGGGAUUUGACAACACAAGAGAAUUACCUGUGCAUGUAAAUAUAACAGAGGCAACAGUGGGGGCAGCAUCUGCUGAUAGCAGUGCCAUCCUGUGCUCCAUAUGUGCAGACCGGGCCACCGGCAAACACUAUGGCGCGUCCAGCUGUGACGGCUGCAAGGGUUUCUUCAGGAGGAGUAUCCGCAAAAAUCAGAGCUACACUUGCAGGUUUAGCAGGCAAUGCAUUGUGGACAAAGACAAAAGAAACCAAUGCCGCUCCUGCAGGUUGCGCAAAUGUUUCAGAGCUGGGAUGAGAAAGGAAGGUGAGAGAACCAUAACCCUUACAAAAGCCGUGCAGAAUGAACGCGACCGCAUCAGUAGCCAUAGAGCCGAGGGUCAGGUAGCAGUGGGCACUCUGUCCAUCAAUGUUCUGCUUCAGGCAGAGGCCUGUGUGCAUCAGUUCCUAACCCUGCUCUCGCCAGAGAGUUAUGACAUCAGCACCAAGAAGAUAGCCUGCGUCGGCGACGUGUUUGACUCCAUGAAGCAGCAACUCCUUCUGCUGGUGGAAUGGGCAAAGCGCAUCCCUGAAUUUUGCUGUCUGCCAAUAGAUGACAGGGUAGCCCUGUUACGAGCCCACUCUGCAGAACAUCUUAUCCUCGGAGUGGCAAGGCGCUCCUUACCUUACAAUGACCGCAUUCUUUUGGGAAAUGACUUUGUUAUUCCAGUACAAGGUGCUGAGAUGGAGGUGUCCAGAGUGGCUUUCCGUAUUCACAAGGAGCUGGUUAAACCUCUGAGAGAGCUCGACAUCACUGACAAAGAAUUUACCUGCCUCAGGACCAUUGUCUUCUUCGCUCCAGACUGCCUGGGUUUGGGGUGCCCUCAGACAGUCCGCCAUCUGCGUUUCCAGGCACACGUGUUGCUGGAGGAGGUGACUAGCGGGCAGAGGGGGCGCUUUGGGGAGCUUCUGCUGACAUUGCCUGCACUGCAGAGUGUAGCCUGGCAGAUGGUGGAGGACCUCCACCUGGCCAGACUUCUUGGGGAGGCCAGUGUGGACAGUCUGCUGCUGGAGAUGCUUCUGGGGGAGAGAGCCACAGCCCAGCAGGGAUCCAGCCUGGGGUCUUUCCCAUCUAUGCCAAUGCCUUCUGACAGCAACUUGACCCCAGACCACUUGUAUGGACACAGAUCUUUGCCGAGCCACUUAACCUCAGUCAUACUUCCAAGACCCUCAUAUCUCCAAGAGGCCCCUCUGUUGCCCACACAGACUGGCACCGAGGAAUACAGACACGGCACACUAGCUUCCCAAGACAUGUCACCCGUCAUACCUGCCUUUAGGUAGUCCCUCAAGCAACCAGAAGCGGAGCUGUAGGCUCGGUCGUUGAAGUGAACCCCGAGAGACAUGCAUUAGCAUUCACAACACACAAAAGACAUCCACUCAAAGUGCCAUACGUGUCCUUACUUUAGCACUGUUGGAGAACCUCAUGAUGUUUUUAUCAUUAAAAUAACACAUCAACAUCAAAUAAUAAUGAAUAAAAUCGAAAUUCAAUUAA